AUGGCGCAGACUUUCGCCGAUUAUAUGACAAGGUUUUCCGGUGCUCAGACCACCACACCGGGAGUCGCUGGCUACUACCGAGUUGUGAAUGAUAACGGGAAUCAGAACCAGAAUUGCUUCGCGUAUGCAGUUGGCAAGCCUACGCGCAUCAAUGCCCAAACCCGGGCUCAGUUGACGGCAGAAUAUGAGGCAAUGCACUACUACCCCGUUGCCGCAACUGGCAAUCCCAUGCCUGGUGACGCUGAGGUUUAUUCCCGGCCAAGUGCGCCAGAGCAGAUCGUUCAUGCCCACAGGGUCGUCAACGCAACCACGGCGAUGUCCAAGCUGGGCCCCGGCGAGCUUAUCGAGCACCACAGAUCCACUCUCCAGGCUUCCAGGACGGCCAACGGAAAUGUGUAUGAGUACGGAACUGUGUUCAUGAGAUUCCGUAGAGAUGAUGAUAGGUAUAACCGGGAGUGGGAGACAACUCGCUCUGGCCGCCCCAAGAGGAAGAGGGUAGCAGAUGACGCGUCGGCUAGCAAGAAGCCCAAGCCUGCUGCGGCGAAGCCUGCAGCAAAGCCUGCGGCAAAGCCGGUUGCGAAGAAGCCAGCGGGCAAGAAGUAG